UUUACUAGCUUUGUAGUAGUAACUUCCGUUUAUGAUCCUUAAUUAUCUAGCAGUAUACGUUACAUUCUACAGUCUACUGAUCACCAUUAGUAUAAGUUAAGUGUUUCUACAAUCCUCAAAUGAGCAAAAACCCAGAAAGCUAUUCAUCUCCAAGUGCGGCAAAGAUGAAGGCGCCGGCGAUGCUACUACUGAUCUUUGCCGUGGCAGCAGCUUUAGCGGUUGCUGCUACGGCCCACAAUCACAGCCAUCACCACCACCAUCACCACCGUGCUCCAGCUCCGGCGCCGGCUCCUAACUCUCUCCCACCAUCGGCUGGUGGAGGGAAGGGCAACUCGUCCAAUCACUUGGUGCCGCCGGCAGCUACUCCGUCGCCGCAUGAUGGUCCCAGUCCUACUCCAACCUCGUCGGCGGCAGCAGUCCUCGUUGGCUGUUGGGUUGCUGCUUGGAUCGGUGGAGCCUCGACUGUCAUAUUAGUUGCCGGAGGAGUUGGCCGUAUGUGACAUUCCGAUAGGCAUGGCGAUUUGACUAGUAGAUGUCAUGAAUUUCGUUUCGUAGUUGUCUUCAAGAAGUUCAAUAUUUCCUUUGUGUAGUAGCUUCUUUCCUUCACAAGAAAGAGAGAUUGUUCAA